CGCAAAGGCACGGUGAAUUGCGUGCGAUGCUUCUUAUCGAGGCCCGGCCAAAUGGCCGUGUUAGUCGGGCUGCCAAGCCCAGCCUAGCGUCCCCGCUUGAUGGAAGCGAGCCGGCGGGGUGGAGUAGUUACAGACUGAGGACAAAGACCAUAAGCACGAGACCCAGCGGGCAGGUCUAACAUCGCCCUCAACUCAAAAUGCAGCACCAUUCACAGACGGGCGUUUACUACGAUCCCUACGAGAAGGCGGACGGCACGACUGCCGUGCAGGAGGUGUACGCCGACCCGUAUCAUGACAAGACGGCGCACUGGGAGCUGCGUGACCAGGAGCUCGAGACGACGACCGAGGGCGACCACGGGACAAAGCGGGCGCUGUCCCCGCGGGUCUGCUCGAUGAUCGCCAUCGCCGGCACAAUUGGUACUGGUCUGUUCCUCUCGUCUGGCGCGGCCAUCGCGCAAGGCGGCGCCGUCGGCUGCUUCCUGGGCUACCUGGUCAUGGGCAUCGUCAUCGGCUGCAUGAUGUACUGCCUCGGCGAGCUCAUCUGCUUCAAUCCUACCAUCGGCGGUUUCUCCGAGCUGGGUGCUCGAUAUGUCAACGAGAGCUUCGGCUUCAUGCUCGGAAUGACGUACUGUUUUACUGUCGGUCUCUCUGUACCAUCUGAGCUGUCUGCCAUCGCUGUGCUCAUCAGCUACUGGGACGAGAACACCAAGCACGCCGCGAUCUACAUCACAGUGUUCCUCUUCAUCACGUGGGGCGCCAACAUGUUUGGUGUUCGCUGGUGGGGCGAGGUUGAGUUCGUAAUGGGUAUGAUCAAGAUUACCAUGCUCCUCGCAUUGAUCAUCUUCGGUUUGGUUGCCAAUCUCGGCGGCAUCCCAGGCAACAGGGUAUUUAUCGGCGGCAAGUACUGGCGCGAGGCGCCUUUCAACCCCCGAUAUCUGGGCAUUGGGAACCGGAGCCUCGCAAGCUUUGUCGGAUUUUGGAGCGUCCUGACUCGCGCCGCCUUCUCCUUCGCCGGCAUCGAGGCGGUGGGUAUGGUGGCCGGUGAGGCCAAGAACCCGCGCAAGACGCUACGCACGUGUAUCCGCACCGUCUUCUAUCGUAUCGGUGGGCUGUACGUUAUCUCGAUCCUUAUUCUGAGCCUUAACCUGCGCUACGAUGAUCCCGAGCUCCUCGCGGCCAACAGCAACAGCAGCACAGCCAACCGCUCGCCCUUUGUCGUCGUGGCCAAGCGCAAUGGUGUGGACGCGCUUGCGCAUGUCAUCAAUGCUGUCGUGAUUACCUCCGCGUGGUCGGCAGGAAACGAGAGCUUGUAUGCGUUCGCGCGCACUCUCAUGGGCAUGACGCGCAAUGGAUGUGGCCUCAAGUGCUUCCUAUGGACGACAAAGUCGGGCGUGCCUUGGGUAGGCGUGAGCCUUGGCGCGGCUUUCGGCCCGCUCGCCUACCUCUCGCUCUCCGACGGAGCCAGCCAGGCGUUCGACUGGCUCUCAAACCUCACCGCACUACUCAAGCUCGUUUGCUGGGCGUCUAUCUGCUUCUGCUUUGUUCGCUUCAAAAAAGCUUGCGACUUCCAGGGUGUCAAUCGCCACAAGUUCGCACUCCGCUCCUGGGCACAGCCGUACAUGGCCUGGGCGUGCAUCGUAUCCUUCCUCCUCGUCAUUCUCUUCAACGGCGUUAAGGCCUUCGUCCCAAAGUUUGAUUACGAAGAGUUCCUCGCCGCGUACAUCUCCAUCCCAUUCGUUAUCGUUUGCUGGGGCGGCUGGCAAAUUUACCGCCGCGACCGCUGGGUUGGAAUCGAUGAGAUCGAUCUCAGUGGCGGCCCUGCUGCGGCGUUGGUCGGCACAAAGUAUGCCCGCGACCUUGCCUAGUUGUACUGCAGUUGUAUGUGUUGGUGAGUAUCUAGGAUAGCGCGAUGGCGCAUAUGCAGAAGCAAGAUUCAGUCACGGCAUUGGAGUGUGACGCUAUGCGGUGCCCCGUGUAUAACGGCAGUGACUGUGAUCCCGAG